GUCCGGAGGUGUCCGCGGGCGGGGCGGCACGUACGGCGUGCGUGGUCGUCGCGCCACUCGACAUUGCAUUGUUUUUACUAUGCACAUCAUUGUUUAAAACCGUUCUUAUCAAAUCAAUACGAUUUAGGAGUGAUAUAACACGGCCUACGCUUCGUUUAAAGCGAGAUAACGACAAGUGUUCGAACAAAUCAGUGACAAUAAAGCAUUUUAUCUACAGCUACUUGCUGGUGGCUUAUUGACAUGUGAAAUUCAUAAUCGGCCCAUUCAUAGGAGGAAUCGGUCCGAGAGUUUGUUAUUGGAUUUUUACUCGUGUAAGUGAUCUUUGUGGUGAAGCAAAGGAUGCAAAUCAAUAAUCGAGUGGAAACCCAGCUGCGAACCGAGAGCUCGUGCUGUGCGGUUUAAUACUCACUUGCAUAUUGCUUGCCACUGGAUCUGGAUAUUGUCGACAGUUUAACCUACGUUAUACAACUCACAAACACAUACUUGAAUUGGUAUAUUGAAGACUGAAUUUCACCUGGCCUUGCUUAACGCAGUCUAUUUUUGACACUCGGUGAGUUCCUGUUCUCUUCGUGAUGUUGCGACCCGACGAGAGCGUGAGAUAGCCGCCUCGUGCGGCGGCGCAGCAUGGGUGCGAACAUGGGCAAGAACUCGAGCCUGCUCGAUGCGCUGCCUUCCGCGCAAGGCACGCUGCACGUCGUCAUGCUAGGCCUCGACUCCGCCGGCAAGACCACUGCGCUCUACCGGCUAAAGUUCGACCAGUACCUCAACACGGUGCCGACUAUCGGAUUUAACUGCGAAAAGGUUAAAGGCACCAUAGGAAAGUCCAAAGGAGUAAAUUUCCUCGUCUGGGACGUCGGAGGCCAGGAGAAACUCCGACCGCUGUGGAAGUCGUACACGCGAUGCACGGAUGGCAUUAUAUUCGUGCUCGACUCGGUCGACGUAGAGCGUAUGGAAGAAGCCAAAAUGGAGCUGAUACGGACGGCGAAGUCGCCGGACAACACGGGCGUGCCGAUCUUGGUGUUGGCGAACAAGCAGGACCUGCCGGGGGCGAAAGAGCCACGAGAGCUGGAGAAGUUGCUGGGGCUGCAGGAGCUGGUGGCGUCGCCGCACGGCUCGCGCGACGCGCACACCUGGCACGUGCAGCCCGCCUGCGCCAUCACCGGCGAGGGCCUGCACGAAGGCCUCGACGCCCUCUACGAGAUGAUACUCAAGAGGAGAAAACUCGCUAAGCUACAGAAGAAACGCGUCAGAUAAACUGGCCGCGUGAAACUUAUGGCUACGAUUAUUAAUGUUGUGAUGUACAAUGUUAAGAUAAUGCUCAUCGUGUAGAUAUUAUUUGAUAUGUCCGAUGUGUAACACCAAAUAUUGUUUUUACUGUAGAUGAAGGAACGUCUUAUGAAAAUAUUCCAUCACAAUGUUGCUCAAGUAUAUUGAACAUUUUGAAGGAAACGAAUAUUUUGAUAAAACUAUAACUACUAGUCAUUUUCUUUUGAAAAUAGCUAGGCGGAGAAAACGAAAUAAAUUAAUUAUACUGUCAGUCGGUCUACUAGAUAACGGCCACGGUUUAACAACCGAACGAAGGAAUCUUGAGACCUAUGAUACUACCUUUCAGAAUAUUAAUACAUGCCUGGGAUUUAGUAGGUACCCAAUAUUUUUCAUCGCCAUUUUAUUGGUUCGCGUUUAUAUUUGAAUCGUAAUCAUUGUAAUAAAAUUGAUCCCGUUUCAACUCAAAACUAGUUAUUAUUUUUGGUUGGAAUUAAACCAAACGCUCAUUAUUAUUAUUUAAUUUGCAUGAAACUCAACAAAUUCCACAUACAUUGAUCCAUGAUUGUUUCCACAGACGAGCUGCAGACCUUGAAUUAAAUAUAUCUAUAGUGCAAUAUUUAUAAAUAGUAGUUACACGUAAUCUCUAGAAUUCGUAGAAUAUUUCCCUAUUACAGCUUUUCAGCAAACAAAUAACUCUUGAAUUCUUGAACCUUUCGAUCCCAAAAUGAUAUGAUCUUCCAGUAGGACAGCUCAGCGACCUAGUUGCGAAUAUAGCGGAAACAUGAAAAGGGCAAUCAAGCAAUACGCGAUACCUACUAAAAUAAUAAUUAUCUGUCAAGACCGUAACGGCUCUGAACUCUUUGAAGUUUCACUGUUUUCGUGUAGACAUAAUUAAUAUAAUUAUUCAUUACUUAUCAUGGAAAUGAGAUGUUUGAGUAUAACUUUUUAAAAGAGGCUUUUAAUGUUUCUAUGUCGAGAGUCUUCUCUAUGUAUAUAUGAUGUAAAUAAACGAAUUUGGAGGAUAAUAUAACGAAAUUUACAUGAGUAGAUAAGUAUUGCGUUGUAAAAUAAGCAUUUUAACGUUUGCGCAUUUAGUUUAAGGAACGUCUAAAUAAAUAAUGUUAAUACAUUUGGCCUGUUUUGUAACUUGUAGCUACAUCGACCCACCGGCCGAAUUUUUAUCUGGAGUUAAAAUUAAGUGACAAUCUUGUGGGCCUUGUCAUAAUGCACAAAUUUUUACAGUGUACAUUUUGCUUCAUGGCCAUUCUUCUUGAGCACACAUAAUUUACUGCUAUUUUUUUCUAAAAGCAACUGCUGUGAAAGAAAACUGCACAAAACACACGGAUUAAAUUUCAAUUUAACCUUUUGGACGCCAAUGACCGAUAUAUCCGCACCGCAGGUUCAACGCCAAAUACCGAUUAAUCGGUCACAGACCACAGAGCAACAUAGACCUACGUGCAUAUGCAUAAAGUUCAAUUUCAGGUUUGACACGUCGGUGACGUGGCGUCCGCGUGACAGCUUUUGUGUUUGACACGGCGUCGAAAAGGUUAAGAGUCGUAGAUACGAAAAUUAAGACACCACCGCGAUAUUGUGUGUCGCCCUAGUCUAAAAUUGGCGCAGCAUUGUCAGCUCUAUUUAGUUAGUAUUUAGAAAACCGCAGUUUUUGCUGUCACACAGCCAGGUUAAUAAAUAUGGCCAAACAUGCCCGCCACGAUCCCUAUUUCAGAUACUUGACAAUUUCCACCUGAUACUGACCAUAGUGAUCAUGCAUUCAACAUUUCUGGGUCGACAAGUAUCGCUGGUCACAAGAUAUCAUCAAUUCACUGCCUGCCUGACCCAGAAAUAUAACGCCAAUUAAAUUAUCAGAUGACAAUUGCCAAUCUAGUGAAAUACGGGUCUGGUCUGGUGCUUUGUAUACACUGGCUAUUUGGAAGCAAGUGAAGGAGAAAUAGCUAUACCUCGGUCUUCGGUCAUUUAAAAGCUUUAAUGAUAUUUAACUCUACAUAUUGUAUAAUUUUUCGCCGUUGUAUUGUACCCUGCUAACUUAACAAACGCAAAAUUUAUAGUUAUGUUAUACAACUUACGCUGCUUAAUAAGGAAUUCAUAUAAUUUAAUUUAUUUAUGGAGUGAUUUAUAUUAAGGUUAACAUAACAAUUAGUUUAGGUCUUGCGGAUUGCAUUGAUGUAAAGCUUUUACCAAGUUUCGUUAGUCAUCAUUGUAAAUAUGUAAAUUCCAAGUAGUUAUUCGUCAAUACCAAGAAACCAAACAUUUUUAUGAGUAGGUAAUGUACAUUUUGUUAUUUAAAGUGAUUUGUUUUAUUAUAUUAUCGAUCUAUAUUAUAUCCAAUUGUAUUUUGUUUGAUGGUGGAAUUAAUAGGCUAUUAUUAUGUAGGUUGUUUUCGUAUUGAUUCCCCGUAAAUAAAAUCUGUUUUCAAUAAA